CGACGAGAAUCCCGAAUUGGCCCAACACAUCUAACGCUUUAUUUCGAAAACCUCUCUAGAUCUACGCACGGAGCGACCAGAUUCCCCACUUCCUGUGCAGCGUGCAGCCACACAUGAAUAUGUCCAGUCUCUUUCGGAAUAUGCCACCUGGCAUGCCAAUGCCCUCUUCCUUCUCGUCGCCAGAGGAGGUAAGCAAGAAGGCACGCAAGUUAGCCAAGCAGCUCUUCGAAGAUCGGGAGACCCUGCAACAGAUCAUGGAGCGACAUGAGGAAACCAUUCGCAAGCGAUGGAGUAAGAAGUCUAACCAACAGCGGAAGAAGAUACUGCUCGCAGCUUGGCCGAGCAUGUCUGCUCAACACCGCCCGGAUGUUGAAGCAUGGCGUCGGAACGAUAAUUCUAAGACCGAAGCAUAUAUGUGGCCGUAUAUCAACCUCGAGGACUUGAUAAAGCCGAAACUCCUCCUGAUCUUCCUCAACGCACGGGCUCGCCAUCAACCUCACGAAUUCGUGCAUUCAGACCUCAAGCUUGCCGCAUUUGGAGAGACUAGUGGUGCUACAUUCCCUGCUUUCUUAAACGAAUAUACCAUGCUCUUCCAUGGGAGGAAUACGCCCGCGACCUACGGAGAGCUCGUCUCCUGGGACGACGAUGACGAUGCUUUCGAAUACAUGUAUAACGGGAUCGGAAUGCACCCUGGGCAUGGUCUGCAGGCGCUAGAAAUCCAGCAGCGUAUCUGGGAGUUUCUAGUGAGCUGCUGCAAGCACCUCUUGCAAGACAUGCCAUCGUUGACCACGGGCGAGGUGCAAUCUGAGCCCGCUCCUCCGACUGCAACCGAGCCGAACGUCACGUCUCUAGAAGCGAUUGCACAAGAAGCGCCUUACCGCAUUCCCGCGCGUCUGGAUUUCUCGAGGCUGAAGGCUCUUGCUUCUGCUGAACGCAACUCUCGAGAAGACCACCUCUGGGCCCUCCGCGAAGAUCCCAGCUAUUUUGCAGACGUCAUGAACGACUUCGCGGAGCACAGGCAGGAAAUGCUGCUGGAUUCAAGGGGCAGCAAACAUCCCACGAUCGCGGAAUCCGGGCAGCCAUUGUUCUGGAACCGUGUCCUUGGUAACGUCGUCGUGACAUCCUACUUUGGCUUCGCGACUUUCGACGAGAUCGUAAAGCAGAUUGGCAAGCUGAAGCAUCUCGCAGGAAAGUACAAGGACGAAAUCCGACCUGAAGACGAUCUUCCUUCGGAAUACAUGGAAGCUUUCCAAACCCUGCGAUUUAUCCUUGACGCUGCAAAGACCGACCUCAUCCUGCAGUUGAAAGUCGGCGUUUACCCGUCUCCGCCCCUUCGACAAUUCUGCUAUCGCCAACCGCAAGAUCCCAUCUCUUCGAUGAUUCAGGCUGCAUACCAGCCGCCUCGCCAAAAUCACGCCGUGAAGCGUUUGAUGCCCCUCUUGGAUAUCCUUUGGAAUGAGCAGCAACUGUUUCUGUUCGGUCUUCAUACUGUCGUCGAUGAGAUCGAACGUCUAGUCCAGGCAGACCCAGAAGUCAAAGCUCUUGUAUCAUCUUGGGUCGCCAAACCCCUUUCUUCCCUGUCUGUGGUUGCUGAAUGCCUCCAUCAACUGCAUCUCUACCAGCCCUGGGCGCGCAAAAUUGAAGACGGGAUGGAGCUGAAGAAAGACGAAUUGCUCAAAGUGUACAAGGAAUCAUUCAAAGGCUGGCUUCCUAUUCUGGGCAUCAAAUUCGAGGACGCUCAGAUCUCUCACCUGGCCGAUCCCAGAGACGGCAAGUUCAACCACCCGCUGCAUAGACGCCGUGAUAAAGAGAACGUCGAUGCUUUAAGGAAAGCUGAGAGGAACCUAGAUGACUUCUGGGUGGCUGUGGAUCGGCAUUACAAAUCUAGGACUAGUGGAACAUCCCAGCAUGAUAUGGUCGCGCAUCUCCUGAGCUCUGAUCGCGCGAUCCAGCGAACUCCCCCUUGGAUUGAACCCAUCAAGAACGAAAAAGCAGUGGAGCGACAGGAAUACGUCUACCAACCCUUCUCCACCAUCUAUCAUGACCGCACCAAGCAGAUCACUGGUAGCUUCGACCGGGUUUCCAUCUCGGAGAAGCCUACCAAGCCGAAGACCCGCGGGAUGGGCGCGCCGUCAGACGUACCUACACCCGAAUCUCCGCAACCUACCGAAGCCGGCAUCGACCAGCAAAUAUUCACGGUCGACAAACGCACCCAUAAGGUAUUCAAAGCGCUCUUCCACUCUCCAUCAAACCCUGAUUUACCUGGCGAGAUCCCCUGGUCGGACUUCCUCCACGCGAUGGUCUCUACCGGCUUUUCGGCCGAGAAGCUGCACGGCUCAGCGUGGAACUUCACGCCUCGCAGCCCAGACGUAGCGGUGGAGAGGAGUAUUCAAUUCCAUGAGCCACAUCCUUCGAACAAGAUCCCGUUUCUUUGGGCGAGGAGGUACGGCAGGAGGCUAGCAAGGGCUUAUGGGUGGAGCGGCGAUAUGUUUAGACUGGAGUGAGGGGUUCCGUAUAAGGGCGCAUCAUCGGUGCAAUGAUCAAAUGGAGCAUGUUGGACGAAUAUAGGUACUCAGAGUGCACAUCAAAUUGCGAUAAUGAAAGCAGGCG